UCAGCGAAGGACGUCGUGAAAAACUAGGAAAAGCCAAAUCAAAGUCGUCCAUAUUUGUUUGGUGCGUUCUCGCCCGCGGCUAUUGAAAAUUUUAGGACCGACGAGUCAGUGAAAUUUUGCAGAGUGGCGAAGAUCACGCCUUACCCGACCAUGAGUUACUCAGGGAGGAGUAAAUUCGAGAUCGGUCGAUUCUCGAGCGAGGAUGAAAACCAUAUCAAUAAGAAGCUGCCGAAAGAGCUUCUGCUACGGAUCCUGUCGUAUCUGGACGUCGUGUCGCUCUGUCGCUGUGCGCAGGUAUCGAAACUAUGGAAUAUUCUGGCGCUGGACGGCUCCAAUUGGCAGAGGAUAGACCUUUUCGAGUUCCAGCGAGACGUGGAGGGUCCCGUAAUAGAGAACAUAUCUCAGCGCUGCGGCGGAUUCCUUCGGCAACUCUCGCUUCGGGGCUGCGAGAGCAUAGCUGAUGGCUCUAUGAAGACACUUGCACAGUCAUGCCCGAACAUCGAAGACUUGAACCUGAACAAAUGCAAAAAGCUCACCGAUCAGACUUGCCAAGCUCUCGGCAGGAGAUGCAGCAAGCUACAAAGGAUAAACCUGGACUCCUGCCCCAGUAUGUCGGACAUAUCACUAAAAGCACUGUCGGAUGGAUGUCCGCUCCUAACGCACGUGAACGUGUCGUGGUGUCAGUCCAUCACGGAAAACGGUGUGGAGGCGCUGGCUCGAGGCUGUCCCAAACUGAAGAGCUUCAUCUGCAGAGGCUGCAAGAACGUGAACGACAGAGCUGUGUCGUGCCUCGCCACGUACUGCCCCGACCUGGAAGUGCUCAACGUACAGGGCUGCGAAAGCCUAACAGACGAUUCCAUAUCAAAAUUAAACGGCGGCAUGCGGCUGCUAUGCGUGUCGGGCUGCUCCCGUCUCACAGACGCAUCGCUGACAGCCCUGGCGGCCCGCUGCCCGGAGUUGGUAACGCUGGAGUUGGCGCAGUGCACGCAGCUCACGGACGCUGGCUUCCAGGCGCUAGCUAGGAGUUGCCGGAUGCUGGAACGAAUGGACCUGGAAGAGUGUGUUUUGAUAACGGACGUCACACUCGUGCAUUUGUCUAUGGGAUGCCCCAGGCUCGAAAAACUGACGUUGUCCCACUGCGAGUUGAUAACAGACAACGGCAUCAAGCAACUAUCCAUGUCCCCCUGCGCGGCUGAGCACCUCACCGUGUUGGGUCUAGACAAUUGCCCUUUGGUGACGGACGGGGCGUUAGAACACCUGACUUCCUGCCACAACCUGCAGCUGAUUGAGCUGUACGACUGCCAGCUUGUCACUAGGAACGCCAUUCGAAAACUUAGGAACCACCUGCCCAACAUAAAGGUGCACGCGUACUUCGCGCCCGUCACGCCGCCGGCGGCCGGCGGCGCCGCGCGCCCGCGCUACUGCCGCUGCUGCGACAUCAUAUGAUCGCGCUACACGAGAGACGGUGGUAACGUAAAUCGGUAAAACGUACGUAUCCUAAAUGUGAACUAUUCACCGUGUGGCUCGGUGCUUCAAGAUAAUUGAAUGCUGACUGAAGGCUGCGUGUGUGCAUAUACUGCGUCUUUACAACGUUUUUCGUUAGUCGACUCAAACAAGACUUGCAUUAGGUUAAUUUCGAUUACUUUUCGAAGUUGAAAACGCGAACGUUAUAGAUUAUUUUUUUUUAACACUUUCGAAAUCAAGGACCCGCCUAAUGGGUACUCGUGAACUUUGCUAAGAUACGAAAAACCCGCUUGGCGGGUUCUCGCCAUACAAGCGGGCGGUUAUUACGACCGGUUUAUGUGCGCCAUUUUUUGUCUGGUAGUGAGUGUAAAAAGAAGAAUAGGAAAUAUUUUGGAACCGGCCUUGAAACGCUUCUAUUUUAGGGUUCCGUACCAAAAAGGUACAACAGGAACCCUUAUUAUUUAUUGACGUUAAAACUAUGUCGUGUAUAACGAAUUUUGAAAAUGCAUCAUUAUACACGAUAUUAUAUAACAUUCAUAUCGAUUAUUUUAAUCA